AUGAAUCCUCGCGUUGGCAAGCACACUGCCCUGGCCUCAGAACAUAAGGAGCAAUGCUACGCUCUUUUUCACUCGUGCCUUUCAGGUGAACGACAGCCACUGACCGACAAGUACAAAACCGACCAAGGUAACUUGGGCAAAAUUCUUGAUCCUGAGUAUCAAUUAACUUGGGCUUUCAGUGAACGACAGCCACUGACCGACAAGUACAAAACCGACCAAGGUAACUUGGGCAAAAUUCUUGAUCCUGAGUAUCAAUUAGUGAAUCCAGGUGGCGUUGAACUGCUGCUUCACACACUUUGCAAUGCUCGGCUAGUCUUGAACAACCGCGCUUACGGAAACCUGGUUCACACCAGACGUUUCUGA